CUACGACCAUUUCUCUUCUCAAGGAAAAAACCGGAGUAGUACAGUACUGCAGUUCGUCCGGAAGAUUCGGGAAAAUAGAGAGGAAGAAUGGAUGAGGCGAAGAAGAAGGUGUUGAUCGUGGGAGGCACAGGCUACCUGGGGCAGCAUUUGCUCAAAGGCUUCAUUCAGAUUCUGCAUUCUCUUCCCUAUCCUCUCUCCCUGGCCUUCACUUACCACUCCAAUCCACCUCCCCACCCACUUCUCGAUGCCUUUCCAGAAGCGCUCCAUUUUCCUAUCGAUUUGCGCCAUGGAGUUGGCUUUGAUUCCAUAUCAGCAACCCUAGGCCAGGUUCAACACAAUACUUUUUUCCCAAUGUUUUAUCCGAUGUUUUUUAAGUUCAUAAGAGUUUUUUGGUUUAGAAGCUGGAUUUUGAGAUAUUGCUAGUUACUCCGUAUUUAUUUGUAUCGAUAAUAUAAUAAGGCUAAUUUGAAGUGUGACAGCCUGAUGUUGUGAUUAAUUGUGCUGCACUUUCCGUCCCUCGUGCCUGUGAAGCUGAUCCUGAAGCUGCCAUGGCUAUCAAUGUGCCCUGUCAUCUUGUUAAAUGGCUGUCAAGUUUUGAUAAAAAUAGUACUUUUCUGAUUCAUUUAUCUACGGAUCAGGUUUAUGAAGGGACUAAAUCUUUUUACAAGGAAGAAGAUGAGACAAUACCUGUGAACGUUUAUGGAAAAACAAAAGUGGCGGCAGAGCAAUUCGUGUCUUCAAAUUGCCCGAACUUUGCAAUUUUAAGAAGCAGUAUCAUUUUCGGACCUCAUCCUAUCUCUCCUCUUCCAAAGUCACUUCCAAUUCAAUGGAUGGAUAGUGUCCUUGCCAAGGGAGAUCAGACAGAAUUUUUCCAUGAUGAGUUCCGUUGUCCUGUGUAUGUGAGGGAUCUAGUAACAGCCAUACAAAUAUUGACUAACAGAUGGAUCUCAGAGAGUAAGCCAAUACAAUUGCUUGUUAAUGCUGGAGGGCCCGAUAGGCUGUCCCGGGCUCAGAUGGCUGAAGCUGUUGCAGCAAUUAAGGGUUAUAAUGUGUUGAUCAGAUCUGUUUCUUCAUCAUCUGUAAGUAAUUUGUUUGCAAAUAGUAAUAAAAACUUUCACUUUUGGUAUCACAACUAUUAGGUUAUUGUGAGUUUUUUUUUUUUUUUUUUGCAAUUCAGGUUAUUGUGAGUUAUUCACACUGUUUGUCAUUGACUUCAAUUUUAUUAUCAACUUCUAUUAACAAUGGAUUUUUUUCCUUCCGGGUAACUUAUCCAGUGAAAUGCAUCCGUUAACAGGCCAGAUAACUUAACCAUAAGUACCAAGAAACUGUAGUUGAGGAAAUGCCGUUUCAACUACUUCCGUGGGGGGGGGGGGGGGGAAUGGGUUAUGCCGUGGAUGUCUUAAUAGCGAUCUAACUGCUUUAAUUUUGUCGGCUCAGUAAACUUCUCAAUGCUUGAAAGUGCAGUUAUUUCUUGGAAAUUCUUUCCAAACAUGAUUUUAUAGGUUGACCGUGGCGUGAAGUCCCCCUCAGACAUAUCCAUGGAUAUUACUAAGUUCAUUCAGACACUUGGGUUUUCACCAACUAGAUUUAAUGAUGGUGUUAAGCUGACGCUGGAAGCCGAAGACUCUUUGAGACGCCAGUAAAAUUAUAUUUUUCGUUCAUGAUCCCUUACACGAUAGUUGCAGUUUUACAUUCUCUAGAUCUGCAAGAACUUGUACAAACACUUGUAUUUAGAUCACACCCUUGUUUAGGAGGUUAUUAUUCCAUAUGUUUGCCCUUUUUCCAUUUUUUUUAUUUUAUAUUCAAAAUAUUGAUGACGAUACAAGACUUGCAUCUACACCAUAGUCCUUACUCCUUAACGCCCAUUUGAGAAGGCUUAAAGUGGACGAAUGGGCCAAAAUGAACUUGUGGG